UUGGCCUCCGCGGAGAGAGAGAGAGGUUUGCAAUAAACAUGGCUUCUUCAAACUCAAGUUUAUCAAGUGAAUUUCCAUCAAAAAAAGAAGAUGAUUUCAAUGAAUUUUAUACCGAGGUCAAAGAAAUUGAAAAAAGAGAUUCAGUUCUUACACCAAAACAACAAAUUGACAGAUUAUUACGUCCUGGUUCAUCAUACUUUAAUUUGAAUCCAUUUGAAGUAUUACAUAUUGAACCAGACACAACAGUUGAUGAAAUUAAAAAAAAAUAUCGACGAAUGUCAAUAUUAGUACAUCCUGAUAAAAAUCAAGAUGAUGCAGAACGAGCCCAACAAGCAUUUGAAAUUGUAAAUAGGGCUUGGAAAACAUUAGAAAAUGAAGAAACAAGAGCAAAAUGUAUGGAUGUCAUUGAAGAAGCAAAAGCCAGAACAGAUCACAUGAUUGCAGAAAAAAAAAAGAAACAAAAAAAAGAAGCUAAAGAGGGUGCAUUAAUUCCAUCACUUGAAGAAGAAAGUGAAGAAGGCUACAGACAUGCAGUAUGGGUGUUGACGAUGAAGCUAUUUGCUGAUAUGGAACGAAGAAGACGAGAAUUACAAAUGAGAGAUGUUGAACAAAGAAAACGUAAACGUGAAGAAGAAUUGAGUGCUGAAGCACAAGCAGCAAUGGAAAAAGAAUGGCAAAGAAAUUUUGAAGAAUCACGUCAAUCACGAGUUGACAGUUGGAAAGCAUUUCAAUCUGGAUCUGGUGGUACAACUAAGAAAAAAAAAGAAAAAAAAAUUAAAUCAUUUAGACCGCCAAAAACAAAAGCUGAAUCACGAUAAAUUAAUAAUAAUAAUAUACAUUUUGUUUUUUUUUUAUUUUAAAUAUUUCAUUGUGCCAUUAUGAUGAUUUAUUUAUUGCCAAUAAUAUUUUUUUUUUUCCUUUAAAAUUAUUGUCAGCACUGAAAUACACAAUGUAUUCUUUUAAUAAUAAUAAUCACUUAUUAUGCUGAUAUUGAUUUUCAUUUUAAAAAUGAAUUUAAAAUUAAUAUCAUUUAACAUUUUAAAAUUGUAUAGACUUUUCGUACAGUCGUUGAAAACUGUACGAACAAAAUAAUAAUAAUAUUGCAGCUAAUGCAAAAUUAAUGUUGUAAUUUUAAAUUUAAUUUUUUUCAUAUUUAAAAAUAAUAAUUAUACAAAAUAUAGAUUUUAAAAAAAAAAAUGAAAGUUAGUUUUUAACAAAAAAAAUAUUCGUCAAAAUAUUUUACAAGCACAGUUUUUUUUUAAAAAAAAAGAAACUAAUUAUUUAAAAAUUAAUUCAAAAUUUUUCACACAUGCUUUAUUUAAUUAUUGUAUAAAUAAAAUAAUAUAUCAAUUAUCAUUUUUUAUUGUAGACCGAAAGAAAAGAAAAGAAAAAAUUUGAUCAAAUAUAAAACUACGGACUA